AUGUUUGAUCGGUUUUUUGGUCGUGGCAAUAAUUUAAAGACUACACGCGAAGCCACCGCGUAUCUUUACAAAAAUUUCCGUUAUCUGGGCCUAAAACCCUGCAAGAAAUGGCAGAAAUGUUAUCAAUAUCUAUAUUAUCUACUUUCGGUAUCAGUGAAUAUGUUUGUUUUGGGUUAUUUUCCAUUAUCGUUUCCCUUAAGUUACUACUAUGAGUCACACAAAAUGUCGGCUGAACAGUUCUUGACUUCACUACAAGUUUUCAUCAAUGUUUUGGGUCUACCGCCUAAAGUUAUUGUACUGCGACUAUUAUUAAAACGUCUAUCCCAAUCUAAGGACAUAAUGAAUCUUCUAGAUGCUCGCUGCCUUCUAGCCGAAGAAUGUAAGAAAAUUCGCGAAUGCGCCAUAAUGGGCAAUCGUUUAACGGUAUUUUUCAUGAGUGUCUAUACCAUGUACGCCGUAGUUACCAUUUUAAGUAUGGUUUGUAUGGGUCAACCAGGUUAUUCACUAUUUUUACCCAUAAUAGAUUGGCGCAAUUCAUGGUUGGAAUUUAUACUGCAGUGUUUAAUAGAAUGGUUUUUGGUCAACGUCGGUUGUUUGCAUCAGGCAACGGUGGAUGUUUAUGCCAUUAUUUAUGUUUAUAUCUUGAGAACUCAUAUGCAGAUUUUGGUGGAUCGGGUGAAAAGAUUGGGUACAGAUUCAGCUUACAGUAAUGAUGAACAUUAUGAGCAAUUGGUGUUGUGUGUUAAGGAUCAUCAGAAUUUGUUGAAAUUGGUAGACUUCAUCAGCCCCGUUAUCUCUAUUACCAUCUUCAUACAAUUUAUGAUAACGGCCGCCAUUUUGGGCACCACUUUAAUAAAUAUCUUUGUGUUUGCUGAUUUCUCAGCUCAGAUCGCUUCAGUAGUAUAUAUUUUUGCAGUUCUAGUACAAACAUCACCCUGUUGCUAUCAAGCUACUUGUCUGAUCGAGGACAGUGAACAAUUAUCAUUGGCCAUUUUCCACUGUGAGUGGUUCGAUAAGGAUAUACGUUUUCGUAAAAUGAUGAUAUACUUUAUGAUGCGUUCACAGACGCCCAUUACUCUAACGGCUUUAAAAUUGUUUCCCAUUACUUUGGAUACUAGUGUGGGGAUUGCAAAAUUUUCAUUUUCUUUAUACACCCUUAUCAGGGAAAUGGAUUUUGGUCAGAGCUUAAAGAACUAA